AUGAGCUCGUUAACUCCCCUCUCAGCAACAGAUCCGGAAUAUCAAAAUAUAAUUUCUCAUUUUGACCUUCCUCCUUCAUCCUACGUUAUCCAUAGCAUUUUAAAAAUUAAAAUGGAUUGGAUUUAUGCAGAUAGAUUUGAUAAUGCCAUAAGGUGGGCAUGGAAAAAACCAGAUACCUAUGAAUUAUUUCAUGGUACAAGACAUGCUUGUAAUGUUUGGGAAUUGAAGUAUUCGAAUAAAUUAUGUGAUAAUACUCAAUGUGGUGUUUGCGGAAUUCUUAAAUUUGGAAAUUUGUUGAAAAUGGCAAAACCGAAUUUUGCCGGACAAUAUCUUUGGUUUAGUCCUAGAGCUUCUUAUGUACAGAAAUACACGGGUCCUCUGAAACCACAUGAUGAUGGAUUUAGAGCCAUGUUUGUCGUGAGCGUCAUAUUUGGAAAGCAUUACUUAAAAUCAAUCAUAACUGAAUAUGAAGAAAAUGUCUUGCCUAAAUAUUUGAUAAUCUAUAAAGGAAAUUUCGAAAACUUCGAAAAACAAGAAAUUCUCUAA